AUGGCAAAUAAGGCAUCAAAAAAGUCCAAGAAGCCAAAGAACAUUCAACCACCACCCCCAAUCGAUCCCCCAAGCCACGAACAGCCACCAGAAACCAUUCAAUUGCCACCCGAUACUCCUCCUCUGGGCCUAAGUGAGACUGACUUCCCCAUGCUUCCGCACAGCCCCGUCGAGAACAACCCUCUAGGCGGCGCCCUCGCCACAGCCCCCCUGGGUGACCGCAAGAACCGUGGCGACGACAACAACCCCGUCAGCAACGCUCCCGACGCUACCAACGGUCUCGUUCCUGACGACGGUAUGGGGCUUCCCGGCAAAACCACGGUCCCAGCCGGCAAAGAAGAGAAGAACAGCUUGCAGAUCAAGAUUCACCUCAACCUGCACGCCAAGGUUCGUCUCGACCUCGACGCUAAACUUUAUGGUGAUGUUGUCAUUGGAUUGCUGUAA